CUGUGGGGAUGAGCGCGGCGGGGUGCAAGGUAACGGGGUGGGAGGUGAAUUAGGUCGGAAAUUGGGAGAAAUGAGGAGACAUUUCUUCUCAGAAAGGGCCGUCAGACAUUGGGACGGGUUGCCCAGGCAGGUGGUGGAGUCCCCGUCCCUGGGGGUGUUCAAGGCAAGGCUGGAUGUGGUGCUUGGGGACAUGGUUUGGUGGGUGACAGUGGUGGACCAGGUGAUCCUGGGGGGCUUUUCCAACCCUAAUGAUUCUGUGACAGGCCCAGAUUCUGUUACUGGGGGGGGGUCUGGAGGUGUAGGGCCUCCCCACCCCUCCCUGGGAGCCCAGGGACCACCCCAGUGCCACAGGGUCUAGGACAGCUCCCAGCCCUGUCACCACCAUCAGGGACCCUUCAGAUCUCCGGUCCUCCCCACCCCGUAUCUCUCUGGUGGCAAGGUGAGGAUGUUAACCAGAUGCAGCCCACCAGGGCUGCGGUGACAGCAGAGCAACGCUCCCUUUUUCGCUCUGCCAUGGACGAGCUGCAUUGUCGCUGGUCCACGUGGAGCUGGGACGAGCACAAGGGUUGUUCGCGUGGCUGUUGUAGCCUGGAGACGUUGGGGCAGUGCGAGGGAUGAGUGGGAUCUGUAACCGCAGGGAGGAGGAUCUCCUACCCCAACUCCUUCAAAGGAAGGUGCUCUGCCUGAAGAAGGGAAUGCUGCUAAAGCAGGUGUUUGCUCUUAGCAGAGCAGCAACACCCCGAGAAAGCCGUCUGUGUGCUGCAGGUGGUGCCCUCGUGAGCUGCCACAGACAGUACAAAUCCCGUCCUACACACGGCAUUGGGAAGUAUAAACAUCUACUCCCAAAGGAGGUUCCAAAGAGGAAAAAGGAUAAAGUACAGAUGAAAGAGAUAAAUGCUGGGACCGAGUAUGAGUACGGGGAUGUCAAUAUCCAGAUGACUUCCUAUGAUAUGUGUCUCGUGGAGCGUUUUGCUCAGUAUGUGCAUAAACUCUGCAACCAGCUCUCCAUCAGAGUGAGCGAAAGCUACGCCACGCCCACCAAAACCAACGAAGUGCUGUUCUUGGAAGAGCGAGGUUCCAAAAUGCAGCUGGACGCGGUCCUUACUACCCACCAGAGGGUUAUCCAGGUCAGCGGGUUGAGUUCAACGUUUGCUCCAAUACUUCUGGAAAUCGUUCAGAGCAACCAGCCCGAAGGGGUCCAUCUGCUAGUGAAAGAGCACACAGAAGCUGACUUCAAGAGCCGGUUGAAGGCCCGACCCGAACUUGAGGAGCUGCUAGCGCAGAUGAGCUGAGAGGAGGAAGAACACCCCGUCCGUCCCUUUCAGAGCCAUCCCUGGGGAUGCCAUGCUUCUCCUCUUCAGCUGCUCGAGCCUCCAGAAGGUGGCUUUACGAGCGCUGUGUUGAUAAAUUUGUGACUUAAAAGAAAUUUCCCCUGUUGUCAAGCAUCCCGUCUCAAUAAAAAGCAAUACAUGU